AUGGGACACAGGAUCAGUCAGCUGGAGGAGGCUCUCGCGACUUUCCAAUCCUCUCAUCCCUUGCUUCAAGAAGAGCUGUUGUCCAUCAAGUCUCCCUUUGGGCAAAACCUCCAGAGGAAAGACAAGGUUGCUUCCGAUACCCGGAUACGAAUCGACCAGACCACAGCUGCUUUUGGGACACUGAGUAUUGGUGAUCAGGGCGAAGGGAAAUACUUCGGUCCCUCUGCGGGUGCAGAGGCAGGAGCGAAUCUUAACGAAUCCGAAACCGAUGACGACGAGCCUACAGAAGUAUCAGUACACAUCGCCCGAAUUCUAUCCACAGAAGGAAACUUUGAAAAGGCGAUGGACAUCCUCUUCGAUCAUCUACCCGAACAACCGCGGGCAUGGGCACUCUGCGAAACCUACCUAGAGCAAGCUGCAUGGGCGUCCAAGCCCAUCAAACGCGAUGAGGUCAUUGAAGAUAUUCUGUCCCCGACGUACAAAGCGCUCAAGACUAGGCACAGCUCGGAUGCCCCAGUCGCUUCGUUCUCCCCGCACAAACUAUCCGUUCUCUACAUGAUAUUUGCCAUCGGGGCACUUGUCGAUCUCACGUUGGAACCAUGCAGCAAGGAAGCUGAGAACUAUUACUAUCUCAGCAGAGCUUGUCUCUCUUUGCGUUCAGUCUUCGAUUCACCCGAGGUGUCGACAGUGCAAGCGCUGUUGUUGAUGGGAGGAUAUCACGGGUGGGCCGGCACACGGUAUACCGUCGACAGUUCUUGGGGUCUUGUUUCUCUGGCUUCGAAAACAGCCCAAAGUUUAGGCCUACACCGGGAUCCGAGUCGAUUCAAUUUGAAUCCCAAGAUGGUGGAACGGAGGCGCAUGUUGUUCUGGGAAUUGUAUUCUUCUGAACAGCUUUAUAGCCUAGCGCUGGGCAGGCCUCCUGCCAUCCGGCCUUCCUAUAUUGACUGCCAAUUCCCCAUGGAUGAGGAGCUGCAAGAUAGUGGUGAUAGCAAAUCCUCGGUUGGAUACUACCAAUGGAAAUAUGGGUUUAUCAAGGACGUCCUGGCGACGAUUUUGGAGAAAACGGUCACCGCCAAUCCGCCAACCUAUGAAACCAUCCUUGAUCUCGACCGGAGGGUGAGAGAAAGGGCUCUUCCACCUCAAUUCAACACAUUCCUGAACCCAGAAGACGGAUGUACCCCUGGGGAAUACAUGAGACAUUGUCUUCUUGGUCAAAUGAGGGUCAUUGCCUUGCUUUACAUCCACAGGAACUUCUUUGCUCAAGCCAUCCUCGACUCGCCUGAAAAUCCUUUACGGAGCCCGUAUGCGCCUUCCUUCUUGGCCACAUACAGGUGCGCUUCUGGUGUCAUCAAGGCCACUAUGAACCAUUAUGAGAAGUUCCCGGAGCUGUGUGCUCGGUGGUGGGGCGUCUGGACACAUCUAUUCUCCGCUGCGAUGAUUGUCGGGUGCAUUGUCACUCGGUCUCCGUCUUGUAGCUUGGCCUCAAGUGCCUACAUAGAGUUGGGCCUAGCAUGCGACCUUUUCGAGAAGGGCUGCAACGAAUCCCGUAGAGCCAAGAGUGGGCUGGCUAUCCUGCUCAAAUUGCGCAGACGGGCUUCAGAGGUAUACUCGAGGUAUAUCAGCGGCGAUGCACAUGCGGCGGGCGGUAUCCUAUCAACCGGUCAGCCAGACUACGGAGAGGACGAACUGGCUCUGUUCGGUGGCCAGACAAAGGUUCUUGUUAGUAAAAUGUUGUCGCAGUAUCGGAAACGGAAAGGACGCAGCAGUUCCUCGUCGUCCGCACUCCCGACUUCCGCAUCAACACCAAGCACAUCCGGUUCAGAGCCAGACACAAUGGCAAGUCCCACGGCAGACGUGCACCCCAGACUUGUGGAAUACCUGUCCAUGUAUCCUCCGUCAAACCAUUCCUCACCGCCCCACUCGGACCUUACCCCCGACCACAUGCCGCAAAAUAUCCAACUGCCAGAAAAGAUGACAGAAUACCAACAAUGUGAGCAUUACGAGCCUCCCCCUAACCAGGAUUACUCUUGGUGGGACCAAGGUCAGACGAGUACGGGAUCUGCGCCAGUCAACCCAGUGAAUGGGCUACCUCACUACUACUCUGACCCCAUGGCCAAUCCUAGUGGUGCGGCUAUGCCACCCAACUUCGGGCUGAUGGGUCAGGCGUACUCACAAGGAGGAAGCAAUAUCUCGCAAUUGGCGGACUUAGGGAUGAUGAUGACAGGAGAUUUGGUCAUGGACCAGCAAUGGCUGUCCUUUAUGCGUGAUUCUGGUGUGUUGGAAGGCGGCGAUCCUUCGACUUCGCAGCGUCGGCCAGCGAUGUUUGACACGGGUGACAUGACUGGGAUUCUCUAG